AUGGAACCAACAAUCAAUCCUCCUGUAAAUCUACCACCACCUGUACCAUCAAGAUCAAAUUUAAGUUUAAACUAUUCCAACAAUAAUACAAAUAAUACAAACAAUACAAAUAAUACAAAUGAUUUUAAAAAGAAAUUACAAUUUCAAUUACAGAGUUCACCCUCAUCACCAUCAUCACCAUCACCAAGUAUUAUAUAUAAAAAGACACCAGCUGUAAAUAAUAAUAAUAAUAAUAAUAAUAAUAAUAAUCAUAUAAAUAAUGGGAAUGUGAAUGGUAUAGGGCCUGGAGGUGGAAAUAGUUAUAUUAGUUCACCACAAUCAUCACCAAUACAUACAAGCUCAAAUGGCAUUAGUUAUACAGUUACCACCAAUUCGCCACCAUUAUUACCGGUUGAUAAUAGUAGUGGCUAUAAUAAUAAUUUAAAUUCAACCUUUGUAGAAACAUUAUCAUCAUCAUCACCAUCGCCGAUUAAAACAACAACAACACCACCACCACCAGUUCCAAGUAAAUCAAAAUCAAAAUCAUCUGAAAAACUAUCUGUAAAAUUAUUAAAAAGUAAUAGUAAACCAUCAUUAAAUGAUUUAUAUCAACAACAACAACAGCAAUCCAAUCCAAAUUCACCAACUACACCACCAUCAAAUUGUAAUAUAGAAUCAAUACAACCACCAUCAUCAUCAUCAUCCUCAACCACACCAUCAACAUCACCACAAUUACCAGCAAUUUAUAGUAAAUAUAGUAAAAUAUCAUUACCACAACUACCAUUACCACCAUUUUUACCACCAUCACCACUUGUACAAUCUACUUCAUCUCCAUCCUUUUCAUCUUUAAUACUACCAUUACCAUCAUCUCCAUUACCACCACCACCAUUAACAAUACCAAAUAAAGUACCACCAUUACCAAUGAGACUACCACCACCACCACCACCACAACAACUAGAUCAAAUGUAUAGUAAUAAUAAUCAACAACAACAACAACAACAACAACAACAACAAAAUAAUGAAUCAAAUUCCACAACAACAUCAGAAGGUGGAUUAACACCAGAGUCAGAAUCAAAAUUAUAUGAAAUUGCAUCUCAACCACCAUCAACACCAAGAUUAACACAUGAAUCAAAAGUUAUACCAUCAGAGAUUGAACUUUUAAUUAAAUUUUAUCCAUCACCAUCACUUAGUAGUGGUAGUUUAUUAACGAUACCAUCAACCAUUGAAAAGAGUUUUAUUUUUUCACCAUGUUCAACGGUUGAUGAAAUUUUAUCAAUUAUAAUACCAAAUUUUCAAUUUCAUAAUGGUUUAAAAUGUUUUGCAAAACAUACAUUUAAUAAUGAAUGGGAGGCAACACAUAAUGAUCCAGCAGCAGCAUCAUCAUCUAUUAUUGAUGAUCAUGAAUCAUUUGCAUUGUUUAAUCAAAAAUCGCCAACUAUACCACUACAUAAAGAGAAAACUAUAUUAGAGUUAUCAUUACAUGAUAGAGAUGUUUUAAUAUUGAAAACCGUUUCAUUAGUAUUUACAUUGGUUAAAGUUCAAAUACCACAUUUUACAGAGAAUUCAUUAAGUGCUACUGCAACAGUUAAAUUUAAUCAAUUCACAUCAAUUCGAUCAAUAAUAAGAAAAUUAUAUUUAAAAUAUCAUAAUAAUGUUGAUAUUUCAAGACAUGGUAUAUUUUUAAUAAAUGAUAAUAAUAAUAAUAAUAAUAAUAAUAAUAAUAAUAAUAAUAAUAAUAAUAAUAAUAAUAAUAAUAAUAAUAAUAAUAAUAAUAAUAAUAAUAAUAAUAAUAAUAAUAAUAAUAAUAAUAAUAAUAAUAAUAAUAAUAAUAAUAAUAAUAAUAAUAAUAAUUUACAUCAACAACAGGAUGAAUUAUCAUCAUCAAUACAAUUAGAAGAAGAAGAAUUAUUUUCAACAUACAAUAUUAAUUCUAAUAGUAAUUUAGUAUUUAGGACAAUUUCAAAUCAAGAGAAUGAUAUUUUAAAUUCAUCACAAAAGAUAUUGAAUUUAAAGAUAUUAAUAUCAUCAACAUUCUCACGUAAUAAUACAUUGAAUUUAAUGUUUGAUCCAAGGGAUUCAGUUUCAAAGGCUAUUAAAGUCACUGGCUUGCGUACUGGUUUAUUGGAUAGUUUAAAUAAAUGUGGUUUCUAUUUAACACCAUCAGAAGAUGAUGAUGAGGGAUUUUGGAUGGAUGAAGAAUUAACACUUGAAAUGUACAAUUUAAAGAAUCACACAUUCUUAUCAUUUAAAGAACGUUGUAAAAAAUAUACCAUUUUAAUUAAAAUGGGUGGUGCUAGUAAUGGUAAUGGUAAUGGUGAUUUAACAUGGAGAAAAUGUACAUUUAAAUUUGAUCAAUUUACAAAGGUUUCAACAUUGUUCAAUAUAUUAAUAAAUAAUGAAAAUAUAAAGAAUCCAAAAGAUUAUCAUUUAGUAGUUAAAUCAACUGGUACUUCAUUAGAGAAACAUCGUUAUCUUUGGUCAUAUGAUAUAAAGUCACCUUAUGAAAUUGAAUUUAAAGAGUAUCCAAACAAAUUAUUAAUUUUUAAUCCACAAAAUGGUGAAAAGAAUUUUGUUUAUGUUGAUUUCAAUGAACCAAUUAAAGAUGUUUGUGCAAGAUUAUCACAAACAUUUUCUUCACCAAUUGAUUUUGGUUCAAUAUCAACAAAUAAUAAUAAUAAUAAUAAUAAUAAUAAUAAUAUAAAUUCGAAUUCAAAUGGUAGUAGUGGUGCAGGUGGUGCAAAUAGUAAUGCAUUAACAUCAUCCACAAAUUCAGCAUCAACAACAUCAUCAUCAACUCCAACUACACCAGAAUUACCACCACAAGUUAAUCAUGUUAGAGAAAGAAGUUAUACUUUUAAAAGAUUAGGUCAAUUAAAUAAUACAAUAGAUUCAAGAAAAUCAUUAAAAGAUCAAGGUGUUUUACCAAAUGAUGCUUUAAUGUUAGAAGUUAUACAAGAUGAUUCAAUAGCAACUAAUAAUAAUAACAAUAAUAAUAAUAAUAAUUCAAAUACAACAACGACAAUAAAAGAUAAAAAAAUUAAUAGAAAUAGUUUACCAAGUUCAACAACUAUGGUAUUUGAAGAUUUAGUUAAAGAUGGUACAAUUUUAUCAGAAGAAAGACAAAUUAAUAUUUGGGAUGAACCAGCAGAUUCAAAUGGAAAUAUAAUUUAUUCAAAAACUGUCACAAAUAAUUUAAAUGCAGAGAUUGAUGCAGCUACAUUGAAUAAGUUAAUCAUUCGUUUAACAAAUCCAGUUUUUCAUGAUUUAACAUUUAUGAAAACAUUUUUAAUGACUUAUUCAUCCUAUACUACAACUACGACUUUAUUAAAGAAACUGUUUGAAAGAUUUCAAGUACCAACUCAUAUCGAUGAACGUGAAAGAUUGUCAGCUCAACUUCGAGUUGCAAAUGUAAUUAAAUAUUGGGUUGAACAUCAUUAUGAAGAUUUUUGUCAUGAAUCUACAAAGUUAAUGGUUGAUUUCGUAGAUACUCAUAUGAUGAUUGCUUUUCCAACAUUGGGUGUACAAAUUAGAAAUUGUAUUCUAAAACGUACUUGUGGUUUUAAAUCUGAAUUGGUUAGAACUCGUUCAAAUGGUGCUUUAACUUCACCAAGAACAAAUUUAUCUUUAUCAUUUACAAAUUUAAAUAAUAGUAGUGUUGGUAGUAUUGCAAAUACUUCAUCAUCAACAUCAACAUCAUCAACAUCAUCAUUAUUAUCAUCAACAAAUUCAAUUUCAAUUUCAUCAUCAUUAUCAUUAUCAUUUAAUAGUGGUAUUAAUUCACCAUCGAUUUCACAAAAUACACCUUCAUCACCAUCUUUAAUACCAUCAUCACCAAGACCUAUUACAUCAUCAUCUUCAGUUUCAUCUUCAACAUUAUUAAAAUCACCAUUAUCACAACAAGCAAAGAGUAGAAUACCAGAGACUAAAACCAAAGGUUUCGCAAAUCCAAGAAAUCUAUUCGAUUUCGAUGAUGAAGAGAUCGCUAGACAAUUGACACUCUAUGAUUUCCAAUUAUAUACAGCUAUUAAACCAACCGAAUUUUUAAAUCAAGCUUGGAAUAAACCAUCGAUGGCCUCUAGAAAAUCACCAACUAUUCUAAAGAUUAUCUCUAGAUUUAAUGAUAUUUCACUUUGGGUAGUUUCAUUAAUUUUAGAACCUGAUCGUGUUAAAACUCGUGCUAAACGUUUAAAGAGAAUCAUAUCAAUAGCUGAUGAACUUAGAAAAUUAAAUAACUAUAAUACUUGUAUCGCCGUAAUUAGUGGUAUUAAUAACUCGGCAAUUCUACGUUUAAAGUACACUCGUGGUCUACUAUCAAAAAAGUAUUUGGAUAUCUUGGAAAAUUUAGAGAAAGAAAUGAGUUGUGAAGGUAGUUAUAAAAAUUAUAGAGAUAAACUUAAAAAUUCAGAUCCUCCAGUAGUGCCCUAUAUUGGUGUUUAUUUAACAGAUUUAACUUUCAUAGAAGAAGGUAAUCCAAAUAUCAUUAGAGGUAAUCUCAUUAAUUUUGCAAAAUAUUAUCUUAUCUAUAGAGUUAUUUCAGAGAUUCAACAAUAUCAAUGGACUGAAUAUCAAUUAAAUGUAGCUCCAAUCAUUCAAACUUUUAUUCGUGAUGUUUCAAUUUCUUCAACAAGUGACGACCUUUAUCAUUUAUCAUUAUUAAAAGAACCAAGAAAUGCUUUAAAAUCAGAUAUUUUUUAA